ACAACUUCUCUUGUCCCCUCUAGUCUGCUGGUCUACACGGCUCUUCAAAUCCCUAGAACCCUAACCCAUCCCUGCGCCGCCGCCGACGACAUGGACGGAAGGGGAGGAGGAGGCGGCCGCAAGCCCCGCAACUUCGCAACAUUCCGCCUCUUCCCGCGCGCCGGCGCCGCCGAUCCCAACGACCGCGUCUUCGUCCGCAUCGACAACAACGCCUACUCCGUCCCCGGCUUUGCCGACGAGGACCCCUUCGAUCCCUCCGCCGACGCUGACCACCUCUCUUCGUGCGCCUCCGGCCCCCUCCCUGAACAAGUCCGCUGCGAGAUCCUCGAGCUCGGCCUCCCCGACGACGGCUACAACUACCUCUCCCACCUCCGCGAGCUCCGCCCCUCCGCCGCCGCCGCCGUUUCCUUCGUCCCCAGCAUCACCGCUCGCCCCGAGCCCCUCCCCCUUGACGUCAAGGCGUACGACGCAAGUAGGGUACGGGUUGGUCCCAGAGAGGAUGACUUGGACGAGGGGAGGACGAUGUGUAAGGUGGCUGCAAAGACGGCGCCGGUGAGGCGGGUGGAGAGGGCCGUCGACCCUGAUGUUGCUAGGUUGCUCGAUGAGAGCGAUGUGUCCCAUGGUGGGUCGGAGAAUGAGGGGUUGGAGGAGGAUUUUGUCAUCAUGGCGAACCAGGCUGAGGGGGAUGAGGAGGUGGCGGAGGAAGAGAAGGAAGAGGGGAAUGGUGUGUUCAGUGAUGUCGAAGAGGAGGAAGAGUUUGAGGAUGAGCCCAAGCCGAGAGUGCGUCGAUUGCUGGAUGAACAGUUUGAUCUGCUUGCUUUGGAAGAAUAUGGAGACAGUGACGGUGAUGACAGAGGUGUUAGAGAUGGGGAAUAUGAACUGCCAAGUGAAAUUAUAGAUGAACUGAAAUUGUUCCACAGUCAAAAUGUAUGUGUUGAUGAAGAAUAUAGAACACCAGCAGAUUUUGUUCGUAGAAAACUGGACUCAAGCACAGCAGAUGAGGUGGAUGAAUCUGCUGAAGUAAUAAAAAAGUGCGCCGAAUAUGUUGAAAGGUAUUUGAAUGAACCUGCAGAGGAAGAAGUCGUACUUGUUUCAGAAAGCAGUGAUGAAUCUGAAGUUUGGGACUGCGAGACCAUUGUUUCGACAUACUCUAACCUUGACAAUCAUCCUGGACAAAUUAAAACUCUAGGAAAUCCUAGAAAGCGACUUCCUAGAGUUUUCCCUGGAGAAACAGCUACAACGAAAGAUAUCAUCAAGCUUCAAGGGAAAGAGAAACUUCCAGUAGAUUACCUACCACAAAGGAAAAGAAAUGGUGAAAAAGAGAAGAAAGUAAAGACAGCAGAAGCUUCAAGUGGUGAAAAAAUUAAAAAAGAAGUUCACAAGGAAACUAAGGACGAAAAGAAGGCAAGAAAGGCAGCAGUGAAAGAGGAGAAGAGAGAAGCACGGAAAACAAAGAAAGAGCUCAAAGACUUGUAUAAAUCUGAAACACAGAAGGCUCAGAAAGUUGCUGCUGUUAUAGGACCAUCUACUAUACGGCUAAUGUAAUGGUCUGGAUGCUCUGUAACAUGUUCCCUACAGUGAAGACAUAAGCUGAAAUCCUAUGAGAUCCUCCUGAGCAAAUCUCAUACCGGGCGUCAUCUUUUGCCAUGCGUGUGGUUUUUGUCGACAAGGGACCCCAGCGCACAGUUCUUGCCUUUAUAUUCUUCUCUUGUUAAAUCUUGAGCUUUGUGUCUCCUUAAUGCGAAACUUGUUAUGGACAUUGUAAUUGUACUACUAAGUUAAUUAAAGGCGACAUAGUUUUGUGCCCA